AUGGCAACUCAGAGCGAGCAUGCAUCCCUGGCGCCGCUGGCGGCGGGCGGCGCGAGGAUCAUCCUCGGCACGAGCAGCAGGUUCAGGAGGAGGGUGUUCGACGAGCUGUGCGAGCAGACGCCCGGGCUGAAGUACGAGGUCCAGACUGCCGACAUCGACGAGAAGGCGAUCCGCCGGCCCCACCCCGCGGACCUCGUCGCCGUCCUGGCCGAGGCAAAAGCCGAUGCGAUACUUAAGAAGAUGGCCGCGGCCGGGAGCGACACGACGACGGGGCUGCUGGUCACGUGCGACCAGGUCGUGACGUACAAGGGCGAGAUCAGGGAGAAGCCCGAGUCCGAGGCGCAGCUCAAGGGGUGGGUGAAGGAGUACUCCGCCGCGCCCGUCGGCACGACCAGCAGUGUGCGCGUGGCGAAUCUGGCCACUGGGAAAGUGGCGGCGGGCGUGGACGUGACGGAGGUGCACUUCGACGCGAUUCCCGAGGCGGACGUGGACGCGAUGAUCCAGGAGGGCGACGUGCUGUGGUGCGCGGGGGGACUCAUGUUGGAACAUCCCCGGGUGACGCCGCACUGCACGAAGCUCGUGGGCACGAUGGACAGCGUCAUGGGGCUGCCGAAGGCGCUGCUCUGCAAGCUCCUGCUCGAGGCCGCGCACUGA